UUUGUGCAACCUGGAGAUAUCGCUAGCCUCUCACCGUACGUGGCCCUCUAUGCCAACUAUCUGUAUGCCAAGCGAGACUUCUGCUUUCAUGCUCGUUUACGCCGCUGUUGGUCGACUGCCCUGAGCUUUUUCCAACGUCGUCAGCAGGCUGAUUACUAUCAUCGGGCUUUUCGAGCCUACUUACAGCAAGUAUUUAGUCUCCACGAUCUAUCCUCCACCCAAUCAUCGCUCUCCCUUGGUCUUCCUCAAGCGCAGUCAGUCUCUCAAAACGCUCUUAGCCCUAUUGGCAUCGGCUUCCAAAGUGGCGACCACAGCAGCAUAACAAGCCAAUGGUCCGAAAUGCAUGGUUCUGGCUUUCUUAUGCUUCCUCCGACCCUCUGGACGCCGGCCGUCCCGCUACGUUUAGACCUGCCUGGAGGCCAGCCAGGCUAUUACUGGCCGACAAUGGGGGAACUCUCUCGAGCCCUUCAGCUUCAUCCUGAGCUUGUGUUCUCAGGAAUUCCGACCACUCCUGCCUCUAUGCUUGGACUGUACCCAAGUUCUUCGAUUGACCCUGCUCGACCUCACGUCCUGCUAGUCCCAGCCUGCCCAAUUUGCUCGGGUGAACCACAACCUUUGAUCAGAAAACGCAGCAGCUCCGUUGCUACGGAAGAGUUUUAUUCAGUUAUUCGUCCUUGCUCUCAAAAAUCCACUGGCACCGGAAUCGAGGAAGCGCUCUGCCCCCAAUUUGUUUGUCCGCAAUGCCGGUAUUCUUUUUACCUUCAUUCGAGACACAAUGCGUACUCAUUGUCUGCAUCUAAAGAUGGCCCCUCAGCCCCUCAGCCACCAUCGCAAUCAACUCAUUUCGACGGCCAAGUCAUCUGCUCCGUCUGUCGGCUAUUGGUUCGUGGGCUUGUAGUCCUCUGCCCUGACUGCUACCACGGCGGUCACCCAGAACACUUGGCUGUCUGGUUCGCAAGACCCGAAUUCAGAAAACAAAUUGCUGACCGAAAUUGUCAGGAUGGCCCAGCCGGUUUUAUUAGACCUGGUCCAGCCUGUCCCUGCUUGACUUGUGACUGUACCUGUCCACAGCUCUUCGUCAGUUCUUCUGAUCUGUCUACGCAAGAGCAUUGCAUCUGGAACGAUAGAAAAAUUGACCUAGAGAUCGGCGCGUAG